GUACGGGGUCUGUACAUGUACGGCGGCGUCGGAUGUGGGAAGACGAUGCUCAUGGACUUGUUCGUGUCGUCCGCGCCCUCGCAUUUUAAGGUGUUACGGACCCAUUUCCAUGACUUUAUGUUGGAGGUCCAUGCAGCGCUGCGACGUCACUCCAGGGAGGCUGAUCCGCUGCUGACGGUGGCUGACGGCAUCGCGACUCGAACCCGGGUCCUCGCGCUAGAUGAGCUUUUUGUGACGGACGUGGCGGAUGCGAUGAUCCUAAACAGGCACGUCACGUUAUUUGGUCGGCUGUGGGACCGUGGCCUGGUCCUCGUGGCCACCAGCAACCGUCCCCCGGACGACCUGUACAAGGGCGGCCUGCAGAGAAACCUGUUCAUGCCCUUCAUACAUCGCAUCAAGGUGCGGUGCCGCUGUCACGAUAUGAACAGCACCACCGACUACCGCCGACUCGCUCAGCACCAGCGGGGUCUGUAUUUCUCAUCGCCACCCUCGUCCUCGUUGUAUUCCCCCUUGGGGGACCCUCUCCUGGAGCGGUUUCGCGAGCUGGUUUCGGAGGCGGGGGUCUCUCCGGCGCCCGGCAGGGUGGAGGUGAUGAUGGGGCGGUCACUGGAAGUACCUCUUGCGGCAGGUGGUUGGGUCUGCAUGUUUUCGUUCCAGGAGCUGUGCGGUCGACCCGUGGCAGCAGCCGACUACCUCGCCCUCACCGCCACCUACCACACGGUGGCGUUGCGGGGAGUGCCUGUGUUUCGUGCCGCGAACCGUACGGAGGCAUACCGCUUCGUAACGCUCAUUGACGUCAUGUACGAGGCCAGGACCCGUUUGUUGGUGACCGCUGAAGCCGCCCCCACGGACCUCUUCGUGAACAUCAUCACGCAGUUCGAUGCGGCUAAGGGACCCGACCUGGCUGCUCUGCCUGACGUGGUGGUGGACGACAACCUAGGGUUUUCCAAGGACCGCACCAUCAGUCGGCUGACGGAGAUGCAGAGUCUGGAGUAUCUCGUACAUCAUGCACGACAACACGAACCCUCCCUGGUGCUAGCUCUGCAGGUGGGUUUGGGGGGGCCUGAGGAAGGAGAGAAUGGAGGGAUUGGGGAGGGAGUCUUAGGCUGCAAGAAACCAAAGACUUGUCAAUUGGGUGCCUUGUGUGUAUGUACUUAUGUGUGUAUGUACGUAGCUGCUUUUCUUAAAGAAGAAGUUCUGACCGUAAGAUAG